AUGGCUAUUGUAAAGAGAGGAGGCCGCUCUAAAGCCAAACAGCAGGAGGCUCCGGCUAGGGCAGGUAUAAAAAAGGCGGAAUUUGACUUGCACAAGAAGAAGGAAGUCGGGGUUUCUGAUCUAACCCUUUUAUCGAAAAUUUCCGAUGAAUCCAUCAACGAGAAUUUGCAUAAGCGGUUCAUGAAUGGAACUAUAUAUACAUAUAUUGGGCAUGUGUUGAUUUCAGUAAACCCCUUUCAAGACCUUGGUAUUUACACCCAACAGACACUAAACAUGUACAAGGGCAAAAAUAGAUUGGAGGUUCCUCCUCAUGUUUAUGCGAUCGCCGAAUCUAUGUAUUACAACUUAAAAUCAUACGGAGAUAGCCAGUGUGUGAUUAUAUCGGGUGAGUCCGGUGCUGGUAAAACAGAGGCAGCAAAGCAGAUAAUGCAAUAUAUUGCCAACGUGUCGGUGGAUGAUCAGGUGAAUUCUGCUACCUCUUCCUCAGGGAUAUCAAAGAUCAAGGACAUGGUUCUCGCUACAAAUCCGCUCUUAGAGUCAUUUGGAUGUGCAAAGACGUUAAGGAAUAAUAACUCUUCUAGACAUGGGAAGUACCUUGAAAUUUUCUUUAAUCCUCAGACCUACCAACCAAUCGCGGCACAUAUUACAAACUAUUUGUUGGAAAAACAAAGAGUUGUUCAACAAAUCACAAAUGAGAGAAAUUUUCAUAUAUUCUACCAGUUUACGAAGCAUUGUCCGCCAAAGUACCAACAAAAUUACGGCAUACAAGGUCCGGAGACAUACAUCUACACAUCAGCCGCUCAAUGUACAACAGCUGAUGGUAUCGAUGAUGGGCAUGAUUUUAACGAAACUUUGCGUGCAAUGGAUAUCAUUGGAUUGUCUGAGUCGGAACAGGAUGAUAUUUUUAGAAUGUUAGCUGCGAUUUUGUGGAUUGGAAACAUAUCGUUCGUCGAGAACGAAGAAGGAAAUGCCGCUGUUAGGGACGAAAAUGUGACAAAUUUUGUGGCUUAUCUAUUGCAGGUCGACUCUGAGCUCUUAAAAAAAUCAAUCGUGGAACGAAUCAUUGAAACGUCACAUGGCAUGCGAAGAGGUUCAACUUAUCAUGUUCCUCUAAAUAUUGUCCAAGCAAUUGCUGUGCGCGAUGCUUUAGCCAAAGGCAUUUAUAACAAUCUUUUCGAAUGGAUUGUGGAGAGGGUUAAUCAAUCAUUAAAGGAACCUUUACAGAAGUUCGAGAAAAAGUCUAUUGGUAUCUUGGAUAUCUACGGAUUUGAGAUUUUUGAGCAAAACUCUUUCGAACAAAUAUGCAUCAACUAUGUCAAUGAGAAGUUGCAACAGAUCUUCAUUCAGUUGACGCUUAAAGCUGAGCAAGAAGAAUAUGUUCAGGAGCAGAUUAAAUGGACUCCAAUCGAUUAUUUCAACAACAAAGUUGUUUGUGACUUGAUUGAGGCAACACGGCCCCAGCCAGGUUUAUUCGCUGCAUUGAACGACUCCAUCAAGACAGCGCAUGCUGAUUCUGAUGCUGCCGACCAAGUUUUCGCUCAACGUUUGAGUAUGGUUGGUGCUAGCAACAAGCAUUUUGAGGAUAGGAGAGGUAAAUUCAUCAUAAAACAUUACGCUGGCGAUGUCACAUACGAGGUCUCGGGAAUGACGGAUAAAAACAAGGACAAUAUGUUGCGCGAUCUCUUGGAGGUUUUGUCAACUUCUGGCAAUUCCUUCGUGCAGAAAGAUCUUUUCCCUCCCAGUCUUCUAGCUGCAGUAACGGACAGCAAAAAGAGACCCGAUACAGCCUCUGAUAAGAUUAAGAAAAGUGCGAAUGCUUUGGUCGAUACAUUAUCGCAAUGUCAACCAUCAUACAUCAGAACUAUCAAGCCCAACCAGACCAAGCGUCCCAAAGAAUACGACAAUCAGCAAGUGUUGCAUCAAAUUAAGUAUCUCGGUCUUAAGGAGAAUGUAAGGAUUCGGAGAGCAGGAUUUGCUUACCGAACAACAUUUGACAAGUUUGUUCAACGAUUCUACCUCUUGUCACCCAAGACUGGAUAUGCUGGAGACUAUAUUUGGAAUGGGGACGACAUUUCUGCUGUGAAGGAAAUCCUAAGGUCGUGUCACAUUCCUCCAAGUGAGUAUCAAAUGGGAACUACAAAGGUAUUCAUCAAAACGCCAGAAACUUUGUUUGCCUUAGAGGACAUGAGAGACAAAUAUUGGCAUAACAUGGCGGCCCGUAUACAAAGAGCCUGGAGGAGAUAUGUGAAGAGAAAGGAGGACGCGGCCAAGGUUAUCCAGGCCGCAUGGAGAAUCAAGAAGCACGGUAACAAGUAUGAGCAACUCCGUGACGAGGGAACAGACAUUUUGGCUGGUCGGAAGCAAAGAAGAAGAAUGUCUUUAUUGGGUUCUCGAGCAUUCAUGGGGGAUUAUCUUGGAUGCAAUGAUAGUAGUGGCUACGGCCGCUUCAUACUCAAUCAAGCAGGCAUCAAUGAGUUUGUAAUCUUCUCCGCGAACGGCGAAAUUUUGUUAUCAAAGUUUGGAAGAUCGUCGAGGAGGUUACCCAGGGUAUUUAUCCUAACAAAAAGCAAUUUAUAUGUGAUCUCUGAAGUGGUCAUUGAUAAGCGACUCAAAUUGCAAAAGGAAUUCACAAUUCCUGUUUCUGGGAUCAACUAUGUGGGAUUGUCAACUUUUCUGGAUAAUUGGGUGGCCGUUUCUUUGCACAACGCGACUGCCGCCACUCCGGACAUAUUCAUCAAUUUGGACUUCAAGACCGAGCUCGUUACCCAUUUGAAACGCUUGAACAGGGGUAUUUCUGUCAAAAUAGGCCCCACUAUCGAGUAUCAGAAAAAGCCGGGCAAGUAUCAUACAGUCAAAAUCAUUGUCGAUAGUUCAUCUGGCAAAUCUGACACAUACAAAUCUGGCAGCAUCAAGGUUGGCGAGGGGCUUCCUUCAUCGAGUCGCAACCCUAAGAGACCGCGCCUGAAGGCUACCGAAGUUGAUUACAGCAAGUAUUACAACCGAAAUGUGAAAUCAACAUCGUAUUCAAAUGCCUAUCAUGGUGAUUCUCUCCUGAAACUGGCUGCAGCCUAUGCCUACCAGAAUUCACAGAAUUCACAAUCUUCUGUUCAAAAUCAAACGCCCAUCACGAAGCAGCACAAGAGGCCGCCCCCGGCACCACCUGGAAUUGCACAAGCUUCUCAUUCACAAGCUCAACUCAAUUCUACUUCUCAGCAGCAUACCAAGGCACCACCAGCGAGGCCCGUCAAGAAAUCUGCAGCACCACGGCCACCCGCGAAGAAAUCAAUAGUUCACGAUACGGCUUCAAAAGCCGAGCAACAGCGUGAAGUUUGCCCUCCUCCUGUCCCCCCUACAUCGCAAUCCCACCAACCUCUCCUGAAGCCUAAAUAUGCGACUUACAAAGUACUUUACGACUAUGAUGGUUCCGUCGCUGGCUCUGUUCCGCUUGUGAAAGAUAGCGUCGUUUACGUGGUAAGUAUAAACGGUAAAUGGGGUCUUGUCAAGGAUCUAAAUGAAACAUCGGAAGGAUGGUCUCCCAUGGAUUAUAUGACGGAGGUAGACCCUCCGUCACAUCUCUUCAACAGUACCUCACCAUCACAAGUCCCAUCAUCACAACCUAAUCAUGAAAUCGAAUCAAACCUGGGCGUUGUGCAAACCAGCCUUCCAAUGAACUCAAAAGCAGGCCUCGGAAAUGGUCUAGCUGACGCAUUGUUGGCAAAGAAAAGUGGUGAUGUCAAUUUAGCGGGAUCUCUUGCUGACGCCUUAAAGAAGCGUAAGGGUGCGACUGGUAAUGAUAGCGAGGAAGAGAACGAAGAUGAUGACGAUUGGUGA